CAAUAGACACAGUCGAACAGGUUAUAUAUUUUUUCAAAAAUAAUAUUGUGUAUGCUAUUGUAUUUGUAUAUGUAAAAUAUUGUACAUACUAGUCCGAAAAUAUGUAUCAAACCUUAAUUUUGUUAUUUAUGUUUAUUUUUAAACAAGGAGCUGGUUUUGAAAAUUGUAAACCUAAUGUAGCGAUCAUUGGUGGCGGUAUUGGUGGUGCAGCAAGUUCACAUUUUCUUACAGAAUUAUUUAAAAAUGAUCUUAAUAUCGAUUUAUAUGAAGUAAACACUAUUGGGGGACGUUUAGCUACUGUCAAAAUUGACGAUAACGAAUUCGAAGCUGGCGGUUCAAUUAUACAUUCGCAAAAUAAAUAUAUGCAAGAAUUUGUUAAAUUGCUUGGUUUAGAACAUAGAUCAAAUAAUGAUCAAAGAACAAGCAUUUGGAAUGGUAAUGAAAUAGUAUUUGAAGAAAGUAAAUGGGAAACAAUAACUUUGGUUAAAUUAAUUUAUAAGUACGGUAUUCAGCUGCUUAGUCUUAACAGAUAUAUAAGUUCUAUAUUAAAUAACUUUGAAAAAGUAUACGAUCUACAGGAUGCUGGAUUUACCUUCAUGAAUAUCACUAGUCUAUUAUCGGCUAUGAAUGCAGAAUUUCCAAAAUCCUUACAAGUAUCUAUUAAAAGUGAACUUUUAAAUUUGGGAUACUCAGAAAAAUUAAUUGAUGAAAUUGUUCAGACCACAUUAGUAGUAAAUUAUGGACAAGACAUAAAUGUUCAUAGUUUUGUUGGCUUUGUUUCUUUAGCUGGAGCAGGUUCCAACUUCUGGUCUGUCAAAGGUGGAAACAAAAAGGUACCAGAGCAUUUAAUAUACAGAAAUAAAAAUGUAAAUGUUGUACCAUCACGUGUCAUGAAAAUUGUUAAUAUAUUAACAAAUGAUACUAAAAAUCUAUAUGAAGUGCAAUAUCGCAAUGAAGAUAGUACAGUGAUAAUGAAAUCAACGUAUGAUAUUGUAAUUAUUGCAACUCCACUUACCCAUGAUCAGAAAUUUCCUAUAACUUUUGAAGGAUUUCCAAAUAAUGAUUUUUAUAGUACUGGACAAUAUCAUGAAACUAUAGCGACAUUUGUCAAAGCAAAUUUGAAACCAUAUUACUUUGGUCUACAGGAAGAGUUAGAUGCUAUUUUAAGUUGUGAUCCAAAUAAAACAAUAAUUAGCUCUGUAGGAAGAUUAAAUUCUGUGGAAGGUACAUUAAAAAAUAGCAAAAUUUGGAAAAUAUUCAGCAAUCAACCAUUGAAAACACAAAUUAUAAAUGAAAUGUUUUCAAAUGUCAAAGAAGUAAAACAAGUCAAUUGGAAGGCAUAUCCAGAAUAUUCAACAAAAAUCCAAGAAGCAAAAUUUAAACUACACAAUGCACUUUAUCAUGUGAAUGCUAUUGAAUGGGUUGCUAGUGCAAUGGAAAUGAGUGCAAUAAGUGGAAGAAAUGUGGCACUUCUAGCACAUCAAGAUUUUUCUCAGAAAUAUUGCUUUAAAGAAAAUGAAGCAGUAAAAGAAAAAUCUUAUGAAAAUACACCAUCUAAUGAACUGUAAUAAAUAAAUAAACAUGUCUAUAAAUAUAAGUACAUUAAAUUUUAAAAAUAUAU